AUGAAAAAUGAUAUAGAUUUCAUUUAAACUAUGCUAGAUCUAAAUCUUAGCAAAUAGUAUAUCAAAAGUAUUAAAGGAGAUAUGAAUAGAAACUAAUCCAUUAAAAAUAAAUAAUGUAUAGAUAAAUUACGUAAAUUCUAUAAGACUCUGAAUAAUGCUGAGGUAUUAAAAUUGUUUAAUUAGUUAUUAAGUUACUGUACUAAUAAAUUCAGUUGUAUACAUAAAGCAGUCAGAGAAGAAUUAAGUGAUAGAUUUAAUGCACCUUUAACUUGCUUUUGGCCAAUUUUAGCAAAUAUUAUUAAAAAUAAAGAAGCCUAUCCAAAUUAUUAUGCAAAAUUGCUAAACAUGAACGAAUUUCCAAAUUAUUUUAAAGACACCAUUCAAAAAGAUGUAGUUCGUACAUCAAGUAAUGAAGAAAUGCAAUAAAAACUAUCAAAUGUUUUAACAGCUUAUGUGAUUAGGAAUGCUUAAAUUGGAUACUGUUAAGGAUUUAAUUAUAUUGCACAUUACUUAUUAUAGAAUUAAUAGUACUCAGAAGAGGUAUUAAUGAAAUUAUAUUAAGGAUGCAUUUUGGUUUUUAUGUCAUUUAUUCGAAACUCUCUUGCCUCAAAAUUAUUAUAAUCAUUUAUUUGGAGUUUUAAGUGAUGAUGAAAUAAUAAGAUUAAUUCUAUAAAAAGAAAAGCCACAUUUGAUGGAACAUUUUAGAAACUUAUCUAUUGAAACUAGUUUAUUUACAAUAUAAUGGUUGGUUUGUUGUUUUACAUUUCAUAAUAAAUUAACAGAUACUAUUUUUGAUCUUCUGUUAGUUGAUGGUUCAAAAGCUUAAAUUAAAUCUACAUUAACAUAUAUAAGUUUAUUAGAAGAUUCGAUAAUGUAAGCUAAUGAUAUAGGAACUCUUAUAAUGACAAUUGAACACUUUAUUUCAAAAUUUCAAGAUAGAUAAAUCUUUAUUGAAGAAUAUCAAAAAAUUUAUAUUAAUAAUAAAUUAUUACAAAAUAUUAGAUAAGAUAUAUCAAAUUAGGUUGUAUAAACAGUUUAAUCAAGUGAUAUAAAAAGAGUGACAUCUCUUAAUGUAUUUCUUGAAGAUUUACGAAAAUAAUAAUGUUCAUUAAAUCAUCCAAUAUGUAUCUAUGAAUUAGAAACUUGGAGUAGAAAUAAAAAACAUAUGGAUAAUGUAGUUAUUAGGGCUGGAUAAUUAAGUUAUAAUACUUAAGAAAAUAAUUAAUAGAAAUAAAAUAAUGUUGAAAAAAUUAAUGAAUAACUAAUAGUCAGAUAAAGUCAUAUUUGUGAUAAGGAUGAUGGAUUCUUGGUUAGAACAUUAUAACAUAAAGAUAAUUAUGAGAUUUAAUUAUUAGACAUAAACAAAUAAAUAUUACCAACUUAAAUUCCUAAUUCCCCUAGAAGUAGGAGUAUUUUUAAAGAUUUAUUAUUAUCCCCUAUAAGGGCAUUAAAUAAUGCAUAAAAUCUAGGAUAAAAAUUAAGAAUGAACCCUAAAAUUUAUAAAAUUGAGAAUAUUCCUCUUUCUUCAAGUUCUUUUGCUUUACCUGUAAAUGUCAGAAAGAAAACAUAUGGAUGGAAAACAUAAAGAGGUCGAUCACCUGAAUAAACAAAAUUAUUAUUGAAAAAAAUGAAUGUUUAUGCAUCACCCAAAAGAAAACUCGAUUUGAAUAUUUCAAAUAAUUUCAUUAAUCAAUCAACAGAUGUUUCAUAAUAAUAACCGACGACUUUGAAAGAAUGUAAAUCUAUUAAAUUUAUUGCCUAACUCUCAAGAAACACCAAUUUAAUAAGUAUUGACUUUUAUCCAGAUUAAUAAUGA